UUCUCUCUACAAACAUGUUCAGUCCUGCAGAUAACAUCUUUAUAAUCCUAAUAACUGGAGAAUUCAUACUAGGAAUAUUGGGGAAUGGAUACAUUGCACUAGUCAACUGGAUUGACUGGAUUAAGAAGAAAAAGAUUUCCACAGUUGACUACAUCCUUACCAAUUUAGUUAUCGCCAGAAUUUGUUUGAUCAGUGUAAUGGUUGUAAAUGGCAUUGUAAUAGUACUGAACCCAGAUGUUUAUACAAAAAAUAAACAACAGAUAGUCAUUUUUACCUUCUGGACAUUUGCCAACUACUUAAAUAUGUGGAUUACCACCUGCCUUAAUGUCUUCUAUUUUCUGAAGAUAGCCAGUUCCUCUCAUCCACUUUUUCUCUGGCUGAAGUGGAAAAUUGAUAUGGUGGUGCACUGGAUCCUGCUGGGAUGCUUUGCCAUUUCCUUGUUGGUCAGCCUUAUAGCAGCAAUAGUACUGAGUUGUGAUUAUAGGUUUCAUGCAAUUGCCAAACAUAAAAGAAACAUUACUGAAAUGUUCCAUGUGAGUAAAAUACCAUACUUUGAACCCUUGACUCUCUUUAACCUGUUUGCAAUUGUCCCAUUUAUUGUGUCACUGAUAUCAUUUUUCCUUUUAGUAAGAUCUUUAUGGAGACAUACCAAGCAAAUAAAACUCUAUGCUACCGGCAGUAGAGACCCCAGCACAGAAGUUCAUGUGAGAGCCAUUAAAACUAUGACUUCAUUUAUCUUCUUUUUUUUCCUAUACUUUAUUUCUUCUAUUUUGAUGACCUUUAGCUAUCUUAUGACAAAAUACAAGUUAGCUGUGGAGUUUGGAGAGAUUGCAGCAAUUCUCUACCCCUUGGGUCACUCACUUAUUUUAAUUGUUUUAAAUAAUAAACUGAGGCAGAUAUUUGUCAGAAUGCUGACAUGUAGAAAAAUUGCCUGUGUGAUAUGAAAUCUUAGCUGUAUAAAUGGAAUUUAAGACCAAAUCUUCUCUAACAAAAAAUAUAAUUUUCUUAAUAGUCUAUCCUCAUUUUUCCCCAGUUAUCUCAUUUAUUUUGGAUGCAUAUCUUUAAAUAUUAUUAGGACCUAGUAGCAAACUACUGAAUACAUCUUUUCUAUCCCUUUACAACCCAGAAAUGCUCAUCUUUACACUCCCUUUCCUCGAAGAAUUUCAGAGCUCAUGCUUCUCUUCUUGUCUCCUCAACGCAAGUGUUAGGCAUGUAUUGCCUAGUUAAAGUCUUUUUAGAUUUUACUUUGGCUCAUGGUAAAGUGGACCUGAGCUACAGUAACUGGUUUCUCAUUUUUCUUUGUCAUACAUUUUUAUUGCCGCUCCUUAAUUGUGCUCCUUUCAUGGCUCUGCUGAGUCACCCCCAUUUGGCUUAUUGAUUAGGAACUCAGAUGUUCUCUGGUCUGUCUUUGGUUUUCCCGAAUAAUGAUUUCCAUGGUCUCCUAGGUAAUAUUUUCUGGUUGACCUUAUUCCGAUGAUUUCUAUUGAUUUUCCUUGGAAUUAAAUUUCCUCUCAAACAACUUGCUUUUCAUGCAGCACCUAGGUGGGAAUCGAACCCAUUCAAGUGCCACCCACCAAGGGGUGUUCCUAAGCCCUCUUCACAAUCUGGAUAAAAGAAUGGGGAUAACAAAUAUCAGUCAGAUUGCUCACUCAGGUUCUUUUCUCUAACCAGACCCUGCAAAGGUUUUCACUCAGGACUUAACAAAAGAAAUAAAUUGGGAAGAAAAUAGCGUAUACCAUGGAAUAAGCACAUACUGUCACUGGAAGAAGAAACGAAUGUUUACCAAAAAUACAGAUAAAUUUUUAUUAAAAAAAGGAAAAUAAGUCACUAAAAUUUUUAAUUUUUCUGUGAACAUGAAAUCCAUCCUCACUAUAAUAUUAUUGAAACGUUUGGUCUGGCAUAUCUCAGGUUGUGUAUGUACUAAUAUGGCUGCACAUUAUUGCUUUUACUCCCAUUACUUUCUGUUUAAUUCUGAUGUAUUUCAAUCUACUAAUUUCCUUUUAUUAUAACUAAAAUACUA